AUGCGCCGUUAUCCGCUUCUUGUUGCGUUCUUGUUCUGCAUCUACCACGUUGCAUGGGUGGAAGCUGCCGAUGUCCACAAUUGGUCAUCGAUAUUUAACUACGAACCGUCAACUAACUGGGCCGUCCUUAUCGCUGGUUCUAAAACAUGGAAAAAUUAUCGACAUCAAGCGAAAGUUUUUCACACCUACCACGUCUUGCGUGCAAACAAAAUUCCAGCGGAGAAUAUAAUCACCUUCGCCUACGACGAUAUUGCAAGCAAUCCCAAAAAUCCGUUUCCAGGCCAAGUGUUCAAUGACUACGAGCACGAAGAUGUUUACAAAGGUGUGGUAAUUGACUACCGUAGAAAAGACGUCAAACCGGAUAUCUUGGCGAAAGUACUGAUAGGCGAUGCGAAGCUUGAAAAACAAGGGAAGAGGGUGUUGAAAAGCGGUCCUGGAGACAAUGUUUUCAUCUAUUACUCUGGCCAUGGUACGAUUGCAUAUAUUUCUUUCCCAAACGGAAAACUCAGCGCCACGAAGUUGAACGAUAUCCUCGUCAAAAUGCGUUCAAACAAAAAGUAUAACAAAUUGGUGUUUUAUAUGGAUGCUUGUUACUCUGGCUCUAUGUUCCACGAUAUUCUUCCUUCAUAUGUGGGAGCAAACACCAUUCCCAAGUGGAUGCCGUAUUUGCAAAAUAUGAGUGGAUCGUUUGUUAAAAGUACUCUUCCACGGAUCAAGCUAAAGGUAUAA